AUGUGCAAUGAUUGCCAUAUUGCUACUCUUAGUGGGGGCAUGUUUCGAUUCCAAGAUGCCUCCAUCGAGGUGAGGCAUGAGAGGUGGUGUGCUGAACACAGUAGAGUCUACAAGGAUGAGGAAGAAAGACUUGGAAGGCUUGAUAUCUUCAAGAAGAAUGUGGAUUACAUAGAAGCCUCCAACAAAGCAGGAAAAUCCUACAAAUUUGGAUUGAAUGAGUUUGCUGAUCUCACAAAUGACGAGAUUAGAGCACAAAGAAAUGGAGUGAAGGCCUCCAAAGUCAUGAGUGGGGGCAUGUUUCGAUUCCAAGAUGCCUCCAUCGAGGUGAGGCAUGAGAGGUGGUGUGCUGAACACAGUAGAGUCUACAAGGAUGAGGAAGAAAGACUUGGAAGGCUUGAUAUCUUCAAGAAGAAUGUGGAUUACAUAGAAGCCUCCAACAAAGCAGGAAAAUCUUACAAAUUUGGAUUGAAUGAGUUUGCUGAUCUCAUAAAUGACGAGAUUAGAGCACAAAGAAAUGGACUGAAGGCCUCUAAAGUCAUGAGGUCUACGUCAUUCAGAUAUGAAAAUGUCACUGUGCCUUGA